AUGGUUUCUUCAGAGGUGAUUUAUUGCGACGGAAAGAAAGUGGCGACACCGCAAUAUGGAUUGCAAGACGCUAAAUUCGCGAUGUGUUCCGUUACGCAAGACCUACAAUUGACUUACCACCCUGCUCAGGCCGUACCCGAAUUCAAGCAAAAAACCGGAUACACCUGCGGAGAAAACGAAAAUGCGGUGUGCUGCAUCAAUCAGAACCCUACGAACCCAUCAGAAUGUUCUUCCUAG